GGUCUGCGAGGCUGGGUGGAAGUUACAUCGAUGAGCGUCAGUGUUUAAUUCAAGUUCAGAUUUCAGCAAAAUGGCGAAAGAUUGCUCAGGAUGAUGUCUGGAGUCUGUUUGAUUCUCACAGUAAGCAUACUGAGUGUACAUUCAUUCACUCAGAGGGAUAGUCUGUGAUCUUCUGGGAGAAAUAUGGAGUUGAGACUCCUUAUGAAAAUACAGUUGGUAAAACUCAUGUGCUUUUUUCAUCAGAUUCCCAUUGCCAGUUGUGAGUUUCGUGCGCCUGUCAAUGUGACCCUCAUCUCUCACAACUUUCAGCAUGUACUGAGAUGGGACCCAGGACCUGGUACUCCAGAGAGGGUACAAUACAGGGUCGAGUACAACUCAGUUAAAUGGAUUUUGAUGACGUCGUGCCUGAAUGUCACCAAUACCAGGGAGUGUGAUCUAACGGAAACGUUUCUUGAUGUCAGCGAACACUAUGCCGUUCAAGUUCAAGCCUUCAAUGAGACGCACCACUCCAACUGGACUUCAAUGAGCUCCACUUUCAAACCUUUUUCAGACACAAUCCUUGGUCCACCAGAGGUGUCUGUCUCUGGCUGGGGAGAUUGUCUCAGCUUGCAGAUCAAACCUCCCAGAGGAAAAGGAGAAAAGCCUUUGCUGACACUUUACCAUUGGUUUGAGUAUAGCAUUGAAGGGCAGAAUAUGAAAGAUGGGCACAAGUUCUCAGAAAAAUUGAAAAAAUGCAAAGGCACAGUGAAUUACAGUAAAGAGCAACUGGAUCUUGGCACGGAGUACUGUGUAACAGUGAGGAUGUACCGUCCUGGAAUGAAUAUGAACUCAAAGCCCUCUCUGCCACACUGUGCGUUCACUAGUCCUCCGCUUGUCAGCAAAGUUCCUGGUGUACUGGUUUCAUUGUUUAUCUUCUGCCUGUUGAUGGCUCUGGUGGUGUCUUCCCUGGUAUGUAGUGGGUUCCUCUGCUCAUUGAAGGCAGACCUCCCCCAAGUGUUGGCUUCUUUUACUGUACCCACUGCCAAUUUAAAGAGGGUUUUUGUUCCAGAGAGUUGCACUGUUCUGGAGCGUGUCUCCCUUUUCCACAGUCAUUGCAGUAUAAAGAAUAGAAGAAGUGAAAGUGAGCACUCUGACAGCAGAGAGAUUGAUGGGUAUGAAAACCAUGCCUUCAGUGUUCCAGGCCAAGAGAGUUCCAAUAACGAACCUGUGGAAACUGAAGAGACUGUCACGCCUGUGGAGCCGGGACAAACCCUUGAUCCAGGUGAUCCAGCACAGGCGUUGUGUCUGGUUGUGUGUGAGGAGACAGCAGGGCCUACUGUGGAGCAGCCAGACCCAGAGCGGCUUGAACCCUUACUUGAGAUGAGAGACUCUGUAGAGGAGGAAAGCUGCCAAGACGUCAAUUUGUUUUCACUGAUAUUGAGGGCUAUUGAUGAAGAAAUCUUAGAGAGCCCUUCAGUUGAGCUGGCUCUGGUUGUAGAGAAUCAAACGCAGGGCUGUUGUAAUAUGCAAAAAGAGCCACAAAAAUCACCACUGAUGGUGUCUGUAGAAUCAGUACAAAUUAAAGAUGAACAGCAGUUGAGCUAUUGUUUAAAGUACGAGUCGGAGGAGGAGAGUGACUGUGAGCCUGCUGGCUACAUGAGGCGUUCGGUACAGUAGCUGUAUGACUGCUACCAAACCUUUGCAGGUCUUGUUCUAAGUGUCCACAUACUGAAUAAUGGGAGCACAUUUCCAAAGUUUUUAAUUAUUUUCUAAAAAAUAAGAAUAAAAAAAAAAAAAACAGAAAAAAAAACAUUUUACAAAACUAGAACCAAACACAACUCCAUAAUAUAAUUGAAUGUUUCUUAAGCACUCUUCAAGUUGUUUGAAGCUCAUUUUGUAAAAUAAGAGUAUGUAGCUUCAUAUUAAAUGUUCAUAUAAUUCUUUUUACUGUCCUCUUAUCUCUUUAUGGCAGGGCUUCUCAAACUCGGUCCAGGGGACCCCCAGUGGCUGCUGGUUUUCAUUCCAACCAAACUCAAUUACUUAA